GCAGUUCUCUAUACGUGUCGCGUCACGUUGUCGCGAAAUGUUACUUGAUUUUUAACGAGAGCUUUUCAGCGAUCCGAUUGUAAAGCUUGAUCGAAUCGGUUGGAUUUUGCACGAUGGCAGAAUAUCUGGCGUCGAUUUUUGGUACCGAGAAGGAUAAAGUAAACUGUUCGUUUUAUUUCAAGAUAGGCGCUUGCCGGCAUGGGGAUCGAUGCUCGCGAAUUCACAAUAAGCCUACAUUCAGUCAGACGUGUCUACUCCAGAAUCUCUACGUGAACCCUCAAAACUCUGCAAAAAGCGCAGAUGGCUCUCACCUGGUCGCGAAUGUGUCGGACGAGGAGAUGCAGGAGCACUACGAUAAUUUUUUCGAGGACGUUUUCAUUGAGUGCGAGGACAAGUAUGGUGAGAUCGAAGAGAUGAACGUGUGCGACAAUCUCGGCGAUCACCUGGUCGGCAACGUUUACAUCAAGUUCCGUAGGGAGGAGGACGCGGAGAGGGCAGUAAACGAUCUGAAUAAUCGUUGGUUUGGUGGCAGGCCGGUGUACGCUGAGCUCUCGCCUGUCACCGAUUUCCGUGAGGCAUGCUGUCGCCAGUACGAGAUGGGCGAGUGCACCCGCUCUGGAUUUUGUAAUUUCAUGCAUCUGAAGCCAAUCUCUCGUGAGCUCCGUCGAUACUUGUACAGCCGGAAGAAAGGCAAGGGUCGCUCGAGAUCACGAUCGAGGUCACGAGGUCGCGAUCGCAGAAGGAGGUCCAGGUCACGCGACAGGAGAUCUAGAUCCAAGGAUCGGCGCAAGAACAGGGACGAAAAGGGCAGGGACGGUCGGUCCGGGCGCUAUUAAUAAGAUUUUCAUCGACUUGUUUCUGCUUUGUAUCCACGUGUAUUUGCUUUAUCGAUCUGUUAGUGCAUUAUUCCACGAGUUUGUUUGAUUCACAACAUUUCAAUAAAUCAUACGAAACCAAAAGCACAUAAGCUAUACGUAAAUUAAUAUAAGUCAAAGGAUUGAUAUUUUCUUGGCACUUACCGACAAGUAAUUCUUUCACUGCGGCAAUUUUCGAACCGUCCUACCAAGAGUUUUGCCAUUUUUAGUUUUUGAGAUAUAUCUUGCCAGAUAUUAUAACAGAGACAAAAGGAAAUAUAGUAAAACUCAUUUCGCUGUGACUGAGUUAUUAGAACAUGCAAGAAAGAAUGAUUCUUUAAUUUCUCAAAUGAUUUAAAAAUAAUUAAUGUCUGCCUUAUAGUCAUUAAUUGAUGUGAGUUCUAUAAUUGUAAUGUCUAUUUUGGGUAUUUUAUUAACAAAAUUAGAUGAAAUACAUGAUAAAUAUAUUGCACAACAG